UGCACACAUGAACUAAAGGAUCAGUACCUGAUAAAUUACUGUGUGAAUGUUUGCAUGUCACCACUGUGUUUCCUGACAGGUCAGAAUCUGAUAUGUGAUGGCAAUUUUGAGAGGAAUCAGCUUCAAAACGCCGCCCAGAACGCACUAAACACUAUUGGUUCUACUCGCACGCUGACUGCUUCUAAUAAGCUAGCAGACCGGGGCCAGCAUGUCUUCAACAACAACCUCCUUAAGUUCCACCGCAGUGUUUUGGAGGGCCUGCUGAAUGAAGUGGGGGGCUCUGAGCAGCUGAAUAACCUGAUGGAGGACCUGAAGCCCCUCAGUGAAGAUCAACAAAAAGCAAUUAGCACAACAAUGGUGGCCCACUUCAGUCCGAAGGACGGUUAUGUGGAUUAUAAUGCAGCUGUGUAUGGAGCGUAUGUGGAGGAGCUCCGAAAGGCACUUGUGGCAUACCUCAAGGGUUGUACAUCUAACAACCAAGGUGACAAAUACAAACUCCAUGAAAAGCGUUCGCGGGUGCAGUUCAUCGCCGAUGAGAUGGUGAACCGUAAUGUGUUUGUGGACCCAAUGGCCUGCGAUCACUGGCUGAAGAAGGACCAAAACAAACAUGUGAAACAGUUCAAUGAGAUCAGAGCUGCAUUGAAGAAAAUGAUCCAGAACAUCCUGAAGGACUUCAAAGAAGUGUCUAAAAAGAUCAAAGGCUUUCGUGAGAGAAACAGCUGUAGCAGCUAGAGACAUCAAGAGAUCUGUCUUCUGACCCGAAAUGAUCACUGGGAGGAGCUCUUCUUUCUGAAAUCAAUAAGCAAUGCUUUGGUUUUACCCACAUUCACUUUUAAAUCACAUGAGCUAAUAAUAAUAAUAAUAAUAAUAAUAAUUUAAACUCUCUUUAGGCCAGAUCAUUGCCUUGUUUAAUUAAACUCAACAGGGCUCUAUCAUCUCAAAACUCAAGUAUUUGACUAGAGACCGUACGAUGCCAUGGGACUCUUUUUAUAGUUAAAUAAGAAUAGUUGACCCAAAAAUGAGAAUCUGUUAAUACUUUACUCACUCGCAGACCAUUCAAGAUUUACAAACCCCAUUUCCACAGAAGAGGGACAUUAGGGAAAUUACAGUACACAGAAGAAAAGAUUGUUGAUGUAUGUUUGUAAUGUAUGAUGUGUUUUCUUUGUGCGUUUUGUGUGCUGAAGCCAAAGACAAAUUUAAACUCACAGAACUAAACUGUGAUUUCUUAAUUCUGCCACAUCUUUAUUUAUAACUUUUUUCAAAUUUAAAAUGUGCUUAUAUUAACUAAAUACCAUUAAAUUGUUCAAUGGAAAUGGGUUUUUUGUACUUUUGUCAGUUAAAUAAAGGUUCAAAAUGAACAAAUCACAGAUUCUUGUUUAAAGGCAAAAAUAUAAAGUAAAAAUAUAAAUAAAGUUUUUGCCACUAGAGGUCGCAUUUUCAAAUCAAUAACAAAGCUGAAGCUUGAUGACACUAUGAAGGAGAGUGGAAUGACGGGAGAAUGGGAGAUGUCGUUUUCACCACAAAGAGAAGCAGAAACUGAGGAUAGUUCAGAUUUUACAUCAUUGAUAGGUGACAAUGACAAGGGAUGAGCCAUUAUUUAAAAUUGGAAUUUCUCUGGAUUUACAAAUUGGGAACUUUCGGGAUAAGUACACAACUGCAUGAAAUAUAUCACACUUUUUGGAGGUUUUUGGAGGUUUUAUUACAAAAUCUUACAUAUUGUGCCUUUAUUUACAAUGUCCCAAAUAUCCCAACUUUUCUGGAAAUGGGGUUUGCAGAAUAAGUUUUGUUUGAAGCAUUGAAGCAUUUCUUGUGAAGGAUCUAAGGAUUCUCAAUAGCCUACUUGAUUUAUAUCAUUUAAUCAUUUCAUGAUUAUUAAUUUAUGUAAUGUUAUGUUUUAUAUUUUACCAUACUUAUUUCCUUUCUAUUGUUGUUUAAUCUUAUGAUUGUGUGGUUUGAAGGGAUGUUUGUCUUCAUGAGAAAGAGAAAAGAGAAUGUCUCCAUUUCAAGGUUUUUAACAUCACUGGACAAUAAUGUGAAGAAGUCAUUUUUCAUUGUUUUUCCCUUGGUAUAAUAACACUUGGAUUUGUGCUGGUCAGAUGAAGUCUGAGCAUUAAAACAUACACAACUAAGAUUAUUCAAUAAAGUCUGCUCUUUUUAUUAUCAUCA